CGCACGAUGACGACGACGCGCGCGUCGUUCCUCCUCGCGCUGACGCUCCUCGCGUUUUGCGCGUUCCCUUCCUUCGCGCGCGCGUCGCCGCGCCUCUCGGACGAGCGCCUGGUGUUCCAGACCACGAAGGGCGACAUCGAGAUGGCAUUCUUCCCCGACGUCGCACCCACGACAGUCGCCCACAUCCUCGAUCUCGCGCGCCGCGGUCUGUACACGACGAACCACUUCUUCAGGGUCGACGCCGGGUUCGUCGCGCAAGUCGCGGACGUCGCGAGCGGCGGACGGAGCGCGCCGCUGGACGCGUACCAGAGGGAGAUCGCGCGACGGACGCUCCCGGGGGAGUUCAGCGACGUGAAGCACGCGCGAGGUAUCCUGUCCAUGGGGCGACACGCGGACCCGAACAGCGCGACGUCGUCCUUCUCGAUACUGUUGGGCGACGCGCCGCACUUGGACAAGGAGUACGCGGUGUUCGGGAAGGUGAUCAGCGGGGAGGAGACGCUGCGGGCGAUGGAGGCGGUGAAGACGAAGAAGGAUGGGAUCUUCGUCAUGCCGACGGAACGCAUCGAGAUCUUGAGUUCGUACGUGAAAGAGAAAGAGGGCGGCGGCGGCGGCGAGCGAGGGAACGUCGGCGCGCUCGGCGGCGAUUGCGAGGCGGAGUUGAAGGAGACGAAACAACGCGUCGUCGCGCUCGUGCACGAGAUCGAGGAGAUCCGAAGGCGCAAGCUUCCGGGGAGGUGACGACGCGUCUUUCGCCAGCCAGCUGUUGGCAACUUUUCAUAUGAAAGUAUAUUUUCU